UCCCCCCCCCCCCCCCGUCACCCCGGGACCCCCCGCAGUUUACACACACUGAACGCCCCUCGCAGGCUGCCCACUAACCAGCACGGACGCACCCUCUGUAAUGCCAGGCUUCUCCCCCAGCAGCGCAUCUCCCCGUCUCACGCUCUGACCACCUAGCGCCACAGCCUCCCAAAGCGUCCCCAUUGCUCCUCCUUCAGAACAUAGCAGCAGCUCCUUAAUUUUCUGGCAUCGUAGACGCCUUUGAAAUGUGAAUGGUCGUCCUCCGCCCCAGAAAAUGCACAGUGCAGGACCAGAACAACUGUGUGUGUGUGUGGGGGGGGGGGGGGUGAGGGGGGAAGGAGGGGCAGUGAGGGCAGAUCCAGUCCAGUGGGCCCAUUUGGUUUUUCACUGAGAACACAAAUAUCCCCUGUUUUCCCAUAUAUAUAUCACCCUGUCUCCUUUUCUCCCUUUCCCUUCUUCCCAGACUUAAUCACUAGCCCCAAGUGUUUCUAGUUCUUCACCCUCCAGCUUCUAGGACCAGGUAUCACUUAAAAAAGCCAGAGGGGCCGAACCUCAGUUCCCGAAAUGGGCCAAGUGGAAUUUGAGCUGGCCUGCGCCACUCUGAAGCAGUUGAAGGGCCCUGUGAGUGAUCAGGAGAAACUGGUGGUGUACAGCUUCUACAAACAGGCCACCCAGGGCGACUGCAACAUCCCUGCCCCGCCUGACACAGAUGUGAAAGCCAAGGCCAAGUGGGAGGCAUGGAAUGAGAAAAAAGGGAUGACCAAGAUGGACGCCAUGAGGAUCUACAUUACUAAAGUAGAAGAACUGAAGAAAAAGGAAAAUGGUUAAGGAGGACAAGGAGUCAAACAAUGAAGUAGCAAGGCUCCUCUGGUAGGGAAAUGGGCUUCUUAAAAGACCUUGAUGGCUGAAAUGUCCCCAAACCGUGGCUACCGUAGCUGAGACCUCAAUAAAUCUUUUAAAAACUG